AUGCUCGGAAAGGAGCCAUACGACCCGGAUGUCGUCGCCUACCUCUACGGAGACUCGGCAGAAGAGAGCAUAAUUCUCCUCGACGCAAUAGAGGCAAGGAACAAUCCAUCAACAUCAUUGUUAAAAACUUCGAGAACCGCAAAGGCAAUCACCGAGACGUUAGACGCGAAGUACGACGAAGAUAUCGCCGCGAGCAAAGACGAAGACCAGCAAUGCGAACAAGCAUACAACCCGUGUUUCACGGUUACCUUCAGUGAACCCCCAAAAAGGAAACGCGGGUUCGUGAUCGGCUCGGACAGCAAUGCCGCAGAUCUCGCGAUCAAAUACAAGGAAAAGGUAUCGGCUCGUCAAUUUGCAUUGACAUUCGACAAAGAACAUGAGCUGGUCGUGGAAGACUUGUCAUCUACAAACGGCACGCGAGUCGUCUACUCUUGCAACAAUGCGGAUGAAGCCCGCUACGGUUCUGGCACCUCCGACGCAAAGAGCUUCGACGCCGGGAAGAAAAGGGCCUUUACCGCCGGCGAACGGGGUUUGGCAGAAGAGAUUGAGCAGUGGCGGAACAAGCGUGGUUGA